AUGAUUCAACAAGAGGACCACCGUCUCAUCUACCGCUAUGAUGGCGAGCAGGUGUGGAUUGAGCCAUGGGGCCCGGAUGCCUUUCGAAUCCGGGCAACAAAGGCCCAUAUGAUGCCCUCCGAGGCAUGGGCUCUCGAAGGGAAACCUCCAAGCAUUUCAUCCGCCCCUCAAUUAUCUAUCGCUGAUGAUGGCUCGGCCAUGAUUACGAAUGGCAAUGCUAAAGCAUGCAUUACGAAACACGGCAAGAUCACUGUGAUCAACUCUCGCGGUAAGGUUGUCCUCGAAGAGUACGCCAGAAAUAGACGCGAUCUCCUGGAUGCGAAGUGUAGUGCCAUAGAAGUUGAAGCCCGCGAGUUCAAGCCUCUCAGUGGCGGCGCCUACCAUCUUACCAUGCGCUUCGAGAGUCUAGACGCAGACGAACGGAUUUUCGGCAUGGGGCAAUACCAAUUGCCGCACUUGGAUUUGAAAGGUCUUGACCUCGAACUUGCACACCGCAACUCGCAAGCCAGCGUGCCCUUCGCCCUCUCAUCUCUGGGAUAUGGCAUACUGUGGAAUAACCCAGCUAUCGGUCGCGUUGUGUUCGGCAAGAACACAACAUCCUUCGAGGCCUACGCAACAAAGGUUCUUGAUUAUUGGGUGGUCGUCGCUGACACACCGGCUCAGAUUGUGGAGCGAUAUGCCGGUGUAACUGGCAAAGCGCCUAUGAUGCCGGAACACGGACUUGGCUUUUGGCAAUGCAAGCUUCGAUAUGAAACUCAGGACCAGUUGCUGGAGGUUGUCGAAGAGUAUUACCGCCGAGAGCUGCCGCUUGACCUGAUUGUUGUGGAUUUCUUCCACUGGCCAAUGCAGGGAGAGUGGAAAUUUGACCCUGUCUACUGGCCUGACCCAGCAGACGCCAUGGUCAAACGACUCAAUGCUUUAGGGGUAGAGUUGAUGGUGUCUAUCUGGCCAACCGUUGACCGGAGAUCAUCCAACUUUCAAGAAAUGCUGGAGAAAGGAUUUCUAGUACGAACUGAAAGAGGAGUCAGAACGAACUUCGAAUUUGAGGGUCAGACAGUUUACUAUGACCCCACGAAUCCCGAUGCACGUCGAUACGUCUGGAACAAAGCAAAGGAGAACUAUUACACCAAGGGCAUUAAAACAUUCUGGCUGGACCAAGCUGAGCCUGAAUACUCGGUCUAUGACUUUGACAAUUAUCGUUACUUUCUAGGACCAAACCUGGAAGUUGGUAACAUCUACCCUCGCGAUUACGCCCGCACGUUUUUCGAUGGUAUGAAGGAGUCCGGCCAAGAGAACCCCGUCAAUCUUCUCAGAUGUGCCUGGGCUGGCAGUCAAAAGUAUGGCGCUCUUGUCUGGAGCGGCGACAUAGCGUCGUCCUGGUUAAGCUUCCGCAACCAACUAGCCGCAGGACUCAAUAUGGGAAUUGCUGGCUUGCCAUGGUGGACGACCGACAUUGGCGGAUUUCACGGUGGUAUCCCCGAAGAUGAAUCAUUCCGCGAGCUUUUUGUCAGAUGGUUUCAAUGGGGUGCUUUCUGUCCUGUCAUGCGAUUGCACGGCGACCGGGAGCCCAAGAGUGGCAGCCUGUCGUCUAGCAGCGGAGCGCCCAAUGAAGUCUGGUCCUAUGGACCGGCUGUCUAUGAUAUUUGUCGCAAAUAUCUGCUCAUCCGUGAACGACUGAGGAGUUAUACCCGACGGCUGAUGUCUGAGGCUCACAAGAAGGGCUCUCCGGUCAUUCGGCCCCUAUUCUACGAAUUUCCCAAUGAUUCGCAAUGCUGGAAGCUUGGGGCGACUCAGUACAUGUACGGAGACGCGUAUCUAUGCUGCCCGGUUGUCGCAAAAGGCGUCAGAAAGAUGGACGUCUAUCUCCCGGUCUUGGAGUUUGGUGAACAAUGGACUUCUUUCACUGACGUCGAGUCUGAAAUACGAACUUGGGAGGGCGGCUCGACUGUUGAGGUCGACUGUCCCCUGGAGUUGAUGCCGGUCUUUGUAAGGAAGUGUAGAGCGCAAGUGACAUUGGAGAGGUGAUCCAAGAUUCUAAUUCCUGUAGUGAUAAUUAGAGCGCAGGUAAGGCUUUUCGUUU